ACGAAUCCGGAUCAAGUUGAUCUAAGCAAUACCCUACGCGCGUAGAGGGUGAAAAAACCGAGAGAGAGCGAAGACGACAUGACGGAGAGUAGCCCGAGACGGCUUAGGGGUCACAAGGCCACGGCCACGUGCUGCAUCGCCUCUCGCGAACGUCCUGGCCUCGUUGCCACUUCCGGCGAGGAUGGUUGCAUUUGCUGGUUUGAUAUGCGAUGCAAAGACGUGCAACUUGUGAUGGAUGUUGCAAAGGAACCCGUUUCAUCAUUAUGUUUCAAGUCAGGGAAUGAAGAGAUUAUUUGUGUUUCUUCAGGAAAGGAGGUCAAGUGUUUUGAUGUGCACAUGGCUGCUGCAUGGAAGCCAUUGGAGGCUUAUACUUACAAUAAAGAGGAGAUAAAUCAGGUUGUAUGCAACUCUAAGUCCACUUUUCUUGCUGCUGCAGACGAUGGUGGUGAAGUGAAGAUCAUUGACAUCCACCAGCAUUGCCUUUAUAAAACACUAAGGGCUGGCCAUUCAAGUAUCUGUAGCAGUGUGCAAUUUCUUCCUUGGAGACCUUGGGAAGUUAUUACUGGAGGUCUUGACUCAAGGCUAGUUUUGUGGGACUUCUCCAAAGGGCGCCCUUACAAAAUUCUUGAUUUCAGUUUGCCUGACGCGAACGGUAGUGGUAGUUCGGGACAAUGCUUUAAUCCUGCUUUUGUUCAUGCACUAGCAGUUUCAGAAGUUGAUAUGUUGGACAACUUAGGCAAGAUGUGUGCUGUCGCGAGGGGUGAUGGUGCUGUUGAUGUGAUUAGUAUCGAGUUAGAACUUGCUGCUAUGAGGUCAAAAAGCUCUACAAAACCCCGGAAAGGAUCUCAAUCAAGGUCUAAAGACGGUAGUCCGAGUGGUGAGGUAGAAAACCCAGAUCAAAGCAGACAAACGAGGUUGCAUUUGGAUUACUCAUUUGGGGGGCAUACUGCUGCUGUCUCUUGUGUGGCGUUCUCUUUGUUUGGGGAGAGAGGGAAAUUCAUUAUUUCAGGAGGAAAUGAUAAGUCUGUGAAGGUCUGGGAUUGGUCCAGAUACCUUGAUGCAGGGCAAUCUGAUGGCAACAACAAUCCACAUUUGAACAUCAAUCUCAGCAAAAAAGUCAAUUGGCUUUGCACCACUCCAACUGAAACAGAAAACCUUGUUGUUUGUGAUACAACAAAAGUUGUGAAAGUCUAUUCUGUAUCGUGGACCAUGCUUCAUUCUGUGCUUCCUAUGAUGGUUGAGAUCUCAAGGAUACUUGGCAGGGACAUGGAUUCACAAUCAUGUGAAGCACACGGAGAGACCCCUCGGAAAAUCUGGUUAAGGUGUUGCGUCCAUAAGGUAAGGGGAAGUGAAACCAAUAUGAUGGAGUCUGGGGUUCCUGUUUGCAACUCUUGUGGUGAGCAAGUUGGGGUCAAUAACAAUGGAGAGGUGUUUGUGGCUUGCCAUGAAUGCAAUUUCUCCAUUUGCAAGGCUUGUGUUGAUUAUGAGAUUAAGGAAGGCCGGAAAGCAUGCUUGAGGUGUGCUGCUCCAUAUGAAGAUAAGUCAAUCGACGAAGCUGAACUAAAGGCAUCCGGCGAUCGAUCCACAAUGGCUGCUCACCUUAAUGAUUCUCAGGUACAGGAUGUUGGAGUUCAUGCCAGACAUGUCAGUAGUGUCUCUACGGUGGAUAGUGAAAUGAAUGAUGAGACUGGGAAUCCAAUAUGGAAGAACAGAGUAGAGAGUUGGAAGGAUAAGAAGAACAAGAAGAAAAAGGCUGCAACCAAGGCCGAAAUUAAGGCUAAAAAGGAUGAUGAAAUUCCACCAGAGCAGCAGAUGGAAGAGAAACAGUCCCCAGAGGCUGUACAGAUACUUUCAAGUGUUAUUCCAAUUCCAUCCAGCAAACUGACACCAUACAGAUGUGUUAUAAUUAUGCGACUUGUAGUUUUAUCGCUCUUUUUCCAUUACCGAAUAACAAACCCCGUAGACAGUGCUUUUGGCCUUUGGCUCACUUCUGUCAUAUGUGAGAUCUGGUUUGCUGUUUCUUGGGUAUUGGAUCAGUUCCCUAAAUGGUCUCCAAUCAACAGAGAGACAUAUAUCGAUGAGCUAUCUGCAAGGUAUGAAAGGGAAGGUGAACCGUCUGAGCUUGCUGCUGUGGAUUUCUUUGUGAGUACAGUCGAUCCGAUGAAAGAACCCCCACUGAUCACUGCCAAUACUGUGCUUUCCAUCCUUGCGGUGGACUACCCUGUCGAUAAAGUCUCCUGCUAUGUGUCUGAUGAUGGAGCUGCGAUGCUUUCAUUUGAAUCUCUUGUUGAAACUGCUGACUUUGCAAGGAAGUGGGUACCAUUCUGCAAAAAAUAUGCCAUUGAACCACGUGCACCAGAGUUUUACUUUGCACAGAAGAUUGACUACUUGAGGGAUAAAGUGCAACCUUCUUUUGUGAAGGAACGUAGAGCAAUGAAGAGAGAUUAUGAAGAGUUUAAAGUGCGAAUUAAUGCUUUAGUUGCAAAGGCUCAGAAAAUGCCAGAAGAAGGUUGGACUAUGGAAGAUGGAACACCUUGGCCAGGGAAUAACAGCCGUGACCACCCAGGCAUGAUUCAGGUUUUCCUUGGGCAUAGUGGUACUCAUGACAUUGAGGGGAAUGAACUUCCCCGACUGGUUUAUGUCUCCAGAGAGAAAAGACCAGGCUACCAACACCACAAGAAAGCUGGUGCUGAAAAUGCUCUGGUUAGGGUGUCUGCAGUUCUUACCAAUGCGCCUUACAUCCUCAAUCUUGACUGUGAUCACUAUGUUAAUAAUAGCAAGGCAAUUCGAGAGGCAAUGUGUUUCUUGAUGGACCCUCAAGUUCGUGGAGACGUAUGCUACGUGCAGUUUCCUCAGAGAUUUGAUGGCAUUGAUCGAAGUGACAGAUACGCCAAUCGCAACACAGUUUUCUUUGAUGUCAACAUGAAAGGACUAGAUGGCAUUCAAGGACCAGUUUAUGUGGGAACAGGUUGUGUUUUCAACAGGCAAGCUCUUUAUGGCUACGGGCCUGCUUCUUUGCCCAGCUUACCUAAGGCUUCCUCCUCCUCAUCGUCAUGCUCAUGGUGUGGAUGCUGCUCUUGUUGCUGCCCCUCCAAGAAGACCUCUAAAGAUCCCUCAGAAGUAUACAGAGAUGCAAAACGUGAAGAGCUCGAUGCUGCCAUCUUUAACCUCAGGGAGAUUGAUAAUUAUGAUGAGCAUGAAAGGUCAAUGCUGAUCUCACAGAUGAGCUUUGAGAAAACUUUUGGCUUGUCCUCCGUAUUUAUUGAGUCCACACUGAUGGAAAAUGGAGGAGUGCCUGAUUCUGUCAACCCAUCAACAUUGAUCAAGGAAGCAAUUCAUGUCAUUGGCUGUGGUUAUGAAGAGAAGACUGCAUGGGGAAAAGAGAUUGGUUGGAUAUAUGGUUCAGUCACUGAGGAUAUUUUAACGGGUUUCAAGAUGCAUUGUAGAGGAUGGAGAUCAAUUUACUGCAUGCCCGUAAGGCCUGCAUUCAAAGGGUCAGCCCCUAUCAACCUUUCUGAUCGACUGCAUCAAGUUCUCCGGUGGGCACUUGGAUCUGUUGAGAUUUUCCUUAGCAGACACUGUCCGCUAUGGUAUGGAUUUGCAGGAGGCCGCCUCAAGUGGCUUCAAAGACUAGCCUACAUAAACACCAUUGUUUAUCCAUUUACAUCCCUCCCUCUUGUUGCUUAUUGCACAAUCCCAGCAAUCUGCCUUCUCACAGGAAAAUUUAUCAUACCAACGUUGUCCAACGUUGCAAGUAUGCUCUUUCUGGGCCUUUUCAUCUCCAUUAUUGUGACCAGCGUGCUUGAGCUGCGGUGGAGUGGUGUCAGCAUUGAAGACUGGUGGCGCAAUGAACAGUUCUGGGUUAUUGGAGGUGUUUCGGCCCAUCUCUUUGCUGUUUUCCAAGGAUUCCUGAAGAUGUUGGCCGGCGUUGAUACCAAUUUCACCGUCACUUCAAAAGCAGCUGACGAUGGAGAAUUUGGUGAGCUCUACCUUGUCAAGUGGACAACAGUUUUGAUCCCUCCGACAACACUCAUCAUCGUCAAUAUGGUGGGUGUUGUGGCUGGAUUUUCGGAUGCUCUUAAUAAAGGAUACGAAGCAUGGGGGCCACUCUUUGGCAAGGUUUUCUUUUCCUUCUGGGUUAUUCUCCAUCUUUACCCCUUCCUAAAGGGUCUCAUGGGUCGCCAAAACCGGACUCCAACCAUUGUUGUUCUGUGGUCGGUGCUGUUGGCCUCAGUCUUUUCGCUUGUCUGGGUGAAGAUAAAUCCCUUUGUGGGCAGUGCUGAUGCAACCGUCGCCCAAAGCUGCAUUUCUAUAGAUUGUUAGGUCUCUCUCUCUCUCUCUCUCUCUCUCUUGAUGCUUCCAAGAAUUUUCCAUCCAAUAUGAUGAUGAUUUUGAUUGCCACUUGUUAAAGUGAGAAUCAUGCUUAGCUCUUUGUUGAGUGUUCCAGACAUAUUGAUGUAAGUUUUAGACAAAUACGUAUUGAUAUUUUGAGUGCUGGAUAAUCUGUUUGCGAACCGAGAAAAA